UUAGUUAUGUAUUAAUUGACCAGUAGUCCAUGGAUACCUUUCGAAGAAGGCAGACAAUCACAACUGCAAUUCCUUUCCAGCCAGGCUCAAACUACAACCUGCGGAUGUUGUUCGCAUUCCUCUUCUCCUUUCUUGCGUACCUGACAUGCGUGGCCGCAGACCUCUGGCCCGACGGCGUCCCAGCGAAGGAAGCCUAUCCAAAUUGUGGUACUGUCGAAGGCAGAUUCGGCAUGGGGGUUCUGCUGCGAGUCGAUGAAGAGGCAUCUUGCCAUCAAUUGCGGUGGUCGGCUGUCACAUUUGAAAUGGAAGAUGAUUGCGUAUGCACGUUUUACAGGGACAAGGACUGCAGCAAUUCGCUCAUGACAAUCAUUCGGCCCAGUUAUGGAUCGGCAGGAAUGGCAGAAUCGUUCAAAUGUACUCGGAAACGCGAGGCACAGAAGAGGAAGAGCGACUAGAGAAGCAACCGGGGGAGUGUACGGAUCUGUGAGGCAUGAUAGUACUGGAGUUUCGGCCGGGGUGUGGGGCACGAUGUAUGUCCACGCGUUCCAAUGAAAUGACGAUGGUGAAAAUGACGAUGGAUGAUUAUUGAUCGAUUGAGCGGAUUGAGUAAGUGGAAGGAUGGUGGACGAUGAAUGGAUGGAAUGGAUGGAAUGGAUGAUGAUUCUAUAUUUAUCAUCCGAAAUACGAAAACGGAUGAAGGACGGACGACCGACUAGAGUUAUCGAUAAGCACAGGAAGGUGGUUUUUUAAGGUUUGGCCCGUGCACUCCCUGUCCCCGAACUUUUUCGACAAUCUUCAAUCCUCACAAUCCACAACCACCAACGUAAACACUUGCA